AUGUCGCUUAAACGAAAGUGUAGCUUUGAUCAACUCGACUCAUCUUCAACUUCAUGCACAAAAGAAGAGUCAGCGAUCAGGAAGUGUAUUAGAACAGAGGACAUUUUCAAUAAUGAUUCCCCAACGGCUCACGAACAUGACUCGGACGAGAAGUAUUCAACAUCUCCUCAUUUGUCAACUGAAUCUCCCACCGAAGAAGUUAAAAUAACAGCUCCACAACGAAAUCGUCGAAAGAAUCCUUCUCAGUCGAAACUCCCGCAGAAUAAUUCCUCUUCAUCUACUUCUGCGGCUUCAUCUGUAUCCUCGUCAUCAGUAACAAUUCCAAUGAUUCUCAAUCUAAUUGAUUCGUUAGUCGAUGAGAAACAAUUUGAUAACAACGAUGAAAAUCUUCUCGUUACAAUCGAUUGUCUAAUUAGUAGUUUAAAACAUCUACGUGAGAAAAUCAAAACGAUUAAUCAUGACGAUACACAUCCAUUGAAUCUGACCAAACCAAAAGUUAAACAAAACACACACGACGAAAUGAACUCAGCAGCAGCAUCACCGAAUCUCCCGCUAUCAUCAGCGCUCUUCCCUUCACAACCAUUUUUUCCACCAUUUUCUGUUGCAAAUAUGACUCAUCUACAAAACUAUCUCAAACUAUCCGCUGCAUCUGUUCUCAACGAUUCAAUCAAUCUCAAAAAUAGCGAUAAUCGAAAUUCAAGACCUUCAUUACAGUCUCCAUUUCUAGCUGGUCUAAAUAUGUUCGCGUUUCCUCCUUCGUCAAGUCAUCUUGCGCAUCAUCCAUUAAACGUCAAAUCAUCGUCGUCAGUUGAAACAAUAAAUGCAAAUCACAACAAUAACAAUCAUCAUCAUCAUCAUCAUCAUCGUGAAUCGUCUAUUGACAAAGAGUUGUCGUUAGCUCGACAAAUCGCAACAAAUCGAAAAGAACGAAAUCAAUCAAUCGCAUCGAAUAAUCUAUCGUUAUCAACAUCAUCAUCAUCAUCGUCUAAUGGAAAUCAUGAGAGUUUAUCAUCAAAUGAUCAUAUUAAACGGCCAAUGAAUGCAUUUAUGGUUUGGGCACGAGAGGAACGACGAAAGAUUCUCAAAGCUUGUCCCGAUAUGCACAAUUCGAGUAUAAGCAAAAUCUUAGGCACCCGCUGGAAAGCGAUGAGUAAUGAAGAAAAACAACCGUACUACGAAGAACAAUCACGGCUUAGCAAAAUUCAUAUGGAAAAGUAUCCCGAUUAUCGUUAUCGACCACGGCCGAAACGAACGUGCGUUAUUGACGGAAAGAAAAUACGUUGGUCAGAGUACAAGCAGAUGCUAAAACAACAAAAAAUUGGCCCUUUCGACGAACAAUCUUCGCCUGAUGGAAGUCAUUAUUUAAAUAAUGAUGAAUGCAGUUCAGAUGGUAGUAAUACUUCACAAAAAGAUCUUAUUUUUACUGAUUAA